GUACGCAUGCGCAUACCAGUAACCGGGAAUUUUUUUUGUACCUGAGUCAUGCCGUUCCUGGUACAUUUAAUUACUUUUUAAUAAUUUUGGGGGUUUCUCGGUCUUCUUCUGGUGUUCAAAGAUAUUAACAAGAAAAGAAAAAGCGAAAGAAUAUCGAAAGCAGGGAUUAUAACAACGAGAAAAUCCGACACCGUUUUGAAAUUAAUUCGUAAAGAUUCAACUUCCAGAGGCGUCCGUCCUUAACUUUCUUCAUCUCUUUCAUCGUUCAUUUAUUCUAGUUUUGUCCCGUUUUUUUAAAUUAUUUAAUUAAUUAUUCAUUAUCAAACUGUUGUGUAUUGAAUUGAUUAUUACUAUCACCUGCAACGAUGCCUGCUGCCGACGGGAAAGCCAUCAACAAGGUUGUUGUACACCCUUUGGUCUUACUCAGUGUUGUUGAUCAUUUCAACCGAAUGGAUAAAGGUGGCAACAUCAAACGAGUCUGUGGAGUGUUGCUAGGAUCGAAUCGCCAAGGUGUCUUGGACGUUUCAAACAGUUUUGCCGUUCCCUUUGAUGAAGAUGACAAAGACAAAUCUGUCUGGUUCUUGGACCACGAUUACUUAGAAAAUAUGUAUGGAAUGUUCAAAAAAGUUAAUGCACGAGAGAAGGUUGUUGGUUGGUACCAUACUGGACCAAAACUGCACCAGAAUGAUGUGUCUAUUAAUGAACUUAUGAGAAAAUACUGCCCAAACUCUGUCCUUGUUGUUAUUGAUGCUAAACCUAAAGAUCUUGGAUUACCUACUGAAGCUUACAUUGCCGUUGAAGAAGUACAUGAUGAUGGAACUCCAACCACUAAGACCUUUGAACAUGUCAGCAGUGAAAUUGGAGCAGAAGAAGCUGAAGAAGUUGGCGUGGAACAUUUACUCAGGGAUAUCAAAGAUACAACUGUAGGUACUCUGUCACAAAGAAUAACAAACCAGUUAACAGGUCUUAAAGGUCUGCACAACCACAUAGAGGACGUGAGUCGGUACCUGCAGAAGGUGGCCUCCGGACAACUACCAAUUAACCAUCAGAUCAUAUACCACCUCCAAGAUGUCUUUAACCUGCUGCCUGACGUCAACCUGCUUGAGUUUGUGAAAGCAAUGUACGUUAAAACUAACGACCAAUACCUGGUCGUAUAUGUCGCUGCUCUCAUACGCAGCAUCAUUGCGCUGCACAAUCUCAUCAACAACAAAAUCCAGAACCGUGACGCCGAGAAGAGCGAAGGCAAGGAGAAAGACAAAGAGAAGAAAGAGAAAAAGGAUGAGAAGGACAACGACAAAGAGAAAAAGGACUCUGACAAAAAGGACAGCUCCAGCGCAUCAUCAAAAUCAAAGUGAUGCUGUGAUGGGGUCUAGGCAGCAUAUAUUAUGUACUUCAUUGCUAUUAAAUUCAGUUAAUCUA